CUUGCCUGUUGAUGAACUUCUUGACUCAUCCAACUAUUCCUUUGCAGGUGAAAGAUUCUUGAAAUGGCGACUUUUGCCAAACCUGAGAAUGCUUUGAAGCGUGCUGAAGAGUUGAUUACUGUUGGACAAAAGCAAGAAGCGCUGCAAGCACUUCAUGAUCUUAUUACUUCAAGGAGGUAUAGAGCAUGGCAAAAAACUCUUGAAAGGAUAAUGUUCAAGUAUGUAGAGCUAUGUGUUGACAUGAGAAGGGGGAGGUUUGCCAAGGAUGGCCUAAUUCAAUAUCGUAUAGUCUGUCAGCAAGUGAACAUUAACUCCUUAGAGGAGGUGAUAAAGCAUUUCAUGCAUUUAGCUACUGAGCGAGCUGAACUGGCUCGCAAUCAAGCACAGGCGUUGGAGGAAGCUCUGGAUGUGGAGGACUUGGAAGCUGAUAAAAGGCCUGAAGAUCUUAUGUUGAGUUAUGUUAGUGGGGAGAAAGGAAAAGAUAGAUCUGAUCGCGAGCUUGUCACUCCCUGGUUUAAGUUUUUGUGGGAGACAUAUAGAACUGUUCUGGAGAUCUUGCGUAACAACUCAAGAUUGGAGGCUCUGUAUGCCAUGACAGCACACCGAGCCUUUCAGUUCUGUAAGCAGUACAAACGUACAACAGAAUUUCGUCGUCUUUGUGAAAUCAUCCGGAAUCAUUUGGCAAAUCUCAACAAGUAUAGAGAUCAGAGGGACCGGCCUGAUCUGUCUGCUCCAGAGAGCCUGCAAUUGUAUCUAGACACUAGAUUUGAACAACUGAAAGUUGCUACCGAACUGGGUCUUUGGCAGGAAGCUUUCCGUUCCAUAGAAGACAUAUAUGGAUUGAUGUGCAUGGUUAAGAAAACCCCCAAGGCGUCAUUGAUGGUUGUUUACUAUGGGAAGCUUACUGAGAUAUUUUGGAUGUCAUCAAAUCAUCUUUAUCAUGCUUAUGCAUGGCUCAAGCUUUUCUCUCUUCAGAAGAGUUUUAAUAAAAAUUUAAGCCAGAAGGAUUUGCAGUUAAUAGCAUCGUCUGUUGUCCUAGCUGCACUUUCUGUGCCUCCUUAUGAUCAGUCGUAUGGUGCAUCUCAUCUUGAGCUUGAAAAUGAGAAGGAGAGGAGUUUGAGGGUGGCCAAUCUAAUAGGUUUUGAAGUUGAACCCAAAGCCGAAAACAGAGUAGCGCUCUCCCGAUCAUCACUUCUUUCAGAGUUGGUGUCCAAAGGUGUGAUGUCUUGUGUCACCCAAGAAGUGAAAGAUCUUUAUCAUCUGUUAGAAAAUGAGUUUCUUCCUUUGGAUCUGGCACUGAAGGUGCAGCCCGUAUUGAGCAAAAUAUCAAAGCUUGGCGGUAAGCUGUCUUCAGUUUCCUCAGUUCCUGAAGUACAACUGUCUCAGUAUGUUCCUGCCUUGGAAAAACUUGCUACUCUGAGGUUGCUCCAGCAGGUCUCUCAGGUGUAUCAGACAAUUCAGAUUGAUAACAUAUCUAAGAUGAUCCCAUUCUUUGACUUCACUGUUAUUGAGAAGAUAUCAGUUGAUGCGGUUAGACGUAAUUUUCUAGCUAUCAAAGUUGAUCACAUGAAGGGCGCUGUCUUCUUUGGUAAACAGAGUAUUGAGGCGGAAGGACUCCGGGAUCAUCUGUCUCUUUUGGCUGAAUCCCUUAGCAAGGCAAGGACAAUGAUUUAUCCCCCAGCAAAGAAGGCUGCCAAGCUUGGGGAAGCACUGUCUAAUUUAGCGGAGAUAGUGGAGAAGGAGCACAAGAGACUUCUUGCCCGGAAGUCCAUUAUUGAGAAACGCAAAGAGGAGCAAGAGCGUUUACUCUUAGAAAUGGAACGAGUGGAGGAAACAAAGAGGCGAGAGCUACAAAAGAUGACUGAAGAGGCUGAGCAAAAGCGCAUUGCU